UAAAUCAUUUCAUCAAAUUAUUAAGCCACUGUAUGGCUGUGGAUUGGCUGCAUUUCUUUUUAUGGAAUGUUGUCAUAUUGGCAGUUAAUUGGAAACAUUUACAGUACAGAUAAUUCUUCAAAUAUAUUGUUUCACACAAUAUCUUAUCACAGCACUGGCAAACCAUGGCUGACCAACUACCUGACUUUUAUAUCAUCAUAAGGUUCAUGAUCAUUCUAGUAUUCUAAUUCCUACUUCUAUGGCACGUGAAAUAGGAUCUCUAUGGUUCCAACCCUCCGACGUCACCUCGUUACAGUUGUGUUGGUAGCAACUAACUUAAACAGUACCCUACUCCUUGUUGUCGUGUGCAUCGGGCCCGAAACCCUCGUCUCAUAAUCAUGGAUUCUGAAAACUAUGUGGAAACUCAUCCAUCAGACGACAAUGAAGCUAUGAAAACCAGUGACGUUUACAAAGUGGACAAAAAUCUUCCUAAGCGUUUUAAUAACCCCGAUUGCUUUCAAGGCUACAGUACGAAGAAAAACCACCCAUUCUACCAGACAUCAAGCCAAAUAUAUGGAAGCAAGAGACCAACCGUUCAUGAAAUGCCUACAACUUUUAAUGGCAGUUAUCGGAAGUUUUCAGAACACAUGCUGAAAAGUGGGAUGUUCAGAGAUAACGGUUUCAACACGUCCAUUGAGAAGAGCAAAAUCACAGGACACGACACCAUCCCCAUGUUUCAAGACAGGAUCAACUUUAAUUAUGCAUACGACAGUGGGAAUGGUCCAAGGAAUUGAAAACAUUACUCCACCUACCUUAAUUCAUUUUCAUUGCUACAUUUGUAUGCCAUUCAUUCUAUUUGCCUUUUAUAAGGAUCAAUUCCUAUAAUGAGUAUUUAAACAUCAUACAGAACAUUCACCUUGUUUUAUUAGACCCCACCUACCAUUGGUGAUUGGUUCAAUAAAAACCUUACCCCAACAUCAGUCUUGGCCACAAGGUGGUGAUCUAACAACUUGCUGACUAUUUUGCUGGCACAUGCAGGAGCUAACGCACAGCAAAAGAGUCAGCAAGAUGUUAGAUGUCCACCUUGUGGCCAAGACUGAUGUUGGGGUAAGGUUUUUAUAUACGGUGAGUGUUCAAGACAUUAAGAACACCUUCCUAAUAUUGAGUUUGCCCUCAGAACAGCCUCAAUUUGUCGGGGGAUGGACUCUACAAGGUGUCGAAAGCGUACAACCGGGAUUCUGGCCCAUGUUGAAUACAAUGCUUCCCACAUAGUAUUCAAUGUGUGGACCAUUCUUGAUAUACACGGGAAACUGCUGAGCAUGAAAAACCCAGCAGCGUUGCAGUUCUUGACACAAAAUUGGUGCGCCUGGCACCUACUACCAUAACCCGUUCAAAGGCACUUUUCGUGCCCAUUCACCCUCGGAAUGGCACACAUACACAAUCCACCUCUCAAUUGCCUCAAGGCUUAAAAAUCCUUCUUUAGCCUGUCUCCUCCCUUUCAUCCAUACUGAUUGAAGUGGAUUUAACAAGUACAUCAACAAGGGAUCAUAGCUUUCCUCUGGAUUCACUUGGUCAGUCUCUGCCAUGGAAAGAGCAGGUGUUCAUAAUGUUUUGUACAUUUAGUCUGUUUUAUUUCUCUAUUAUUGUGUAAAGGAUAAGAAUUGAUCCAACUCCUGGUACCUUUCAAACAGAAGAUUUGUACAAGUUUUUGGAAUUCGAUAGAUAUUCUAUCUAAGUUUAAAUUGAUCCUGCAAAUUAUAUUUAACCACCUUGAAUUAUUCCAGAAAACUGGGUCAUGGUAACACAAGUAACACAAAAUAGUGUCUUAAAGUGGUUGCUAGGAAACUAGUGAACCAAGACCGUAUCAGAAGGAAAAUAAAUCACUAGCAAAUAAUCCAAGGCGAUAUUAAGACAUUUUGUUUGAUGAACAUGAAUUAACUAAUGUACACGGUGUAAAUGUUAAAAUAAGAGAAUAGUAGUGAAAUGCCCUCUUCACAGGGCUAUUUUGAGGGAAGUGUACAACAGCAUAGAGUAGGUAUAUCUGUGCGUUAGCUCCUUUUGAGUAAUGCUUGGAGGGGUUGAGGGGAGCUGGAGGAUGGAACUAAAAAACAAACAAAAGAUAACUAUUGUAAAAUAUGCUGUGUCCAUAAAAUGUACAUAGUAUGUACUGUAUAAGCUGGAAAUAGAUGCCUAAGUGUUGUGGUCUAUUAGUUUACGUCAAUUAGGGGAGGGGUAGUAGGGUUAGGGGAGAAUAUAUAACAAAUAUUUAUAUAUAUAUAUAUAUAUAUUUACAAAAAAUAUAUAUAUGGGGGAUUGGAAAUUAUGUAGACAAUUACAUUUGAUGGAACCCACAAUCUGAAAUAUUAAAGCUGAUCUAAAAAAAUAUGCAAAAUACAAAAAAAUGCUUGUACACCCUA